GCUGCGGUCGGUAACCUGAAGCUGGCAGAGGAACAGUUGUCUCGUAAAAAGGAACCCUAUCGCAUUUUACGAGAGGAAAAUACUGAAGAGUAUUGUCUACGACGCUGUCUUUCUGUGUGCAAAAGUUUUGAUAUUUUGCAAAGUUAUGAUGUUGCUCUUUAUAAUAUGCUACAGAUAAUUAUGGAAAGUCAUGAUGUCAGGAAUCUAGCAUUUGCCAUGUUGGGUGUUAAAAGCAAAUUAUCGUUCAUUUGGUGCAAAUAAUAAGAGGACCAAAGUAGCCUAAUGAUUUCAAACGUGUAACUGGGAAAAUGGAUCCACUUUUCAACGUAACUAAUUCAUCAAGCAACUGGACUAAGUCAUCGGAAACAAAUGACACAAAUCAUGAGAACCAAUUUGUGCAAGCCGUUUGGAAAGUGGCUCUUUGGGCACUAGCUUACAGCAUCAUCAUCAUCGUAUCCGUUGUGGGAAAUAUAGUGGUAAUAUGGAUCAUACUGGCACACAAACGCAUGAGAACUGUGACAAACUACUUUCUUGUGAACUUAGCGUUUGCCGAAGCAUCUAUGUCAGCCUUCAACACUGUCAUCAACUUCAUCUAUGGAGCGCACAAUAACUGGUAUUUUGGCUUGGGUUACUGUCGGUUCCACAACUUCUUUCCAAUUGCCGCAGUUUUUUCAAGUAUCUAUUCAAUGACAGCAAUUGCUUUAGACAGGUACAUGGCCAUUAUCCAUCCCCUCAAACAGCGGAUGACUGCCACUGAGACCAUGGUGGUCAUCGGCGUGAUCUGGGUCCUGGCCCUCGUGCUGGCCUUCCCCCAGUUCUAUUACUCGGACCUUGACUACUUCCCAACGCGUGUGGUGUGCUACAUCGACUGGCCUGUCUACAUCGAGAAGAUCUACUAUGUGCUGCUGGCUGUGCUGAUCUACCUUCUGCCCCUACUGGUGAUGGGCUGUGCCUACCUAGAGGUCGGGCUCACUCUGUGGGCCAGCGAGAUCCCAGGGGACUCGUCCGAUCGCUACAAGGAGCAGCUUACUGCCAAGCGCAAGGUGGUGAAGAUGAUGAUUGUGGUGGUGUGCACCUUCGCCGUCUGCUGGCUGCCCUUCCAUGUCUACUUCUUCCUGGGCCACUUCUUCCCCAGCCUGCUGCAGAGGACUUUCAUCCAGCAGGUGUACCUGGCCAUUAUGUGGCUGGCCAUGAGCUCCACCAUGUACAACCCCAUCAUCUACUGUUGUCUCAACGACAGGUUCCGUGCCGGCUUCAAGCAAGCGUUCCGCUGGUGCCCGUUUGUGCCCGAAGGCGCCUAUGAGGGUCUGGAGAUGAAGUCCACCCGCUACCUGCACACACAGACCAGCAUGUACAAGACCAGCCGCAUGGAGACCACCAUGUCGACGGUGCUGCCGCAGGGCACCGACAAGGACCCCAGGGCAGGAGCGUGCGUGUGCACGGCGGUGGCGGCGGCAGGGGGAGUCGCGGCCGCGCGCCGGAGUUCAGUUGACCUGGCCUCCAACGGCUCCUCGUCACGGAGCAUCUCCAAGACCGUGUCGGAGACCUCCAGCUUCUACUCCAGCAACAACCUGCCUGAGUAGUCUCCUCCUCCUCCUCCUCCUCCUCCUCCUCUCUUCUCCUCACCCCCCCCCCCCCAGCUCUGCUCAUCCACUGACUGUCA